GGUGUGGUGGUCUCCCUCCGCGAUGCAAAGAUGGCAACCCGGCUCCCUUGCCCAGGCACCAAUUUCUUCCGCCCCUUCACCCAGGGGUCACUGGUGGAAAUCGAGAGGCGCGCAGCGGACAGGAAAAAAGCAGCAGAAGAGAGCCAUGAGGAGGAGGAACCGCUGGCCCCGCAUCCUGAUCUGGAAGCUGGCAAGAGCCUGCCACUAAUCUACGGAGACCCUCCCCCGGAGCUGCUCAACACGCCUCUGGAGGACCUGGACCCCUUCUACAAAGCACAGAAAACGUUCGUUGUGAUCAGCAAAGGGAACACGAUCUACAGGUUCAACGCUGACCCGGCUUGUUACAUUCUGAGCUCGUUUAGUUUGGUCCGGAGAGGAGCCAUCAAAAUUCUCAUACAUUCAUUAUUUAGCAUGUUCAUCAUGAUUACCAUUUUAUCGAACUGUGUGUUCAUGACGAUGAGUAACCCACCAGCGUGGAGUAAAACGGUCGAAUAUGUUUUCACUGGGAUUUACACAUUUGAGGCCACAGUCAAGGUCUUGUCGAGAGGUUUCUGUGUCGGUUCUUUUACAUUCCUUCGAGAUCCGUGGAACUGGCUGGAUUUCAUGGUGAUCAGCAUGGCUUACAUCACUGAGUUUGUUGAUCUGGGCAACGUAUCGGCCCUCAGGACGUUUCGAGUACUUCGAGCCCUAAAAACGAUUACUGUAAUCCCUGGUCUGAAGACGAUCGUGGGCGCUUUGAUCCAGUCCGUGAAGAAAAUGGGGGACGUUAUGGUUCUGACGGUCUUCGCCCUGGCUGUUUUUGCCCUCGUCGGUCUUCAACUUUUCAUGGGAAACCUGCGUCAGAAAUGCGUGCGAUGGCCCGUUCAGAUGAAUGAAACUGUGUUUGAAUUCUUCAACACCACCUCUAACGACACACUGAACUUCAACACCACCAUGGGUGUCAAUGAUACACUAUAUUCCAACAGUACCUUCAAUUUUAUUGAAUACAUUGAAAACCCGGAAAAUCACUAUUAUUUGGAGGGCAGCCAUGAUGCUCUAGUUUGUGGUAACAGCUCUGAUGCUGGAAAGUGCCCAGAAGGAUACACGUGCAUGAAGGCAGGGAGGAACCCUAACUUUGGUUACACCAGCUUUGACUCUUUCGGCUGGUCCUUUCUUGCCCUCUUCAGACUGAUGACACAGGACUUCUGGGAGAACCUUUUCCAACUGCUCUUAAGAGCAGCCGGUAGGACGUACAUGCUGUUCUUCGUGGUGGUUAUCUUUCUGGGCUCUUUCUACCUCAUCAACCUCAUCUUGGCUGUGGUGGCCAUGGCUUACGACGAGCAGAAUCAGGCAACCCAACUGGAGGCCAUCGAAAAGGAGAAAGAGUUCCAGCGACUCCUGGAACAGGUCAAACUUCAAGAGCAGGCUCAGGUUUAUGGAAGUCAAGCGACUCUGACCAGUAAAAAGUCUCUUAGUCAACAAACACCAUCUGAAAAGUCAGAUUAUGAGAAUAAUCUGAAGCAGGAUGAGGCUAUAAAGGACUGUAACGGGAGAAUUAUUCCUCGGUUGUUGAUCAGAGCCCCCACCAUGGACGAGUCUGCUGUAGAUUAUGAGUUGAAAAAGACGUCCCUGGACUCAUUGCCCGGCGCGCUGCAUCUGGAUGAACCGGGCCUGAAACAGAGAUCUGGAAGUGCUACAACUGUGCUUACUGCAGCUGCUAUGGAAGAGUUGGAGGAGGCUCAGAGGCCGUGCCCGCCAUGCUGGUACAAAUUUGCAGACAUGUUCUUGAAGUGGGACUGCUGUGCACCCUGGAUUGUCUUUAAAAAUUGGGUACACUUUGUGGUCAUGGACCCCUUCGUUGACCUGGCGAUUACCAUCUGCAUUGUGCUCAACACCCUUUUCAUGGCCAUGGAGCACUACCCCAUGACCCCGGAGUUUGACAACAUGCUCUCCGUUGGAAACCUGGUUUUCACCGGGAUCUUCACAGCUGAGAUGGUUUUCAAGCUUAUAGCCAUGGAUCCUUAUUACUACUUUCAAGUUGGCUGGAACAUUUUUGACAGCAUCAUCGUCACUCUCAGUCUGGUGGAGCUGGGGCUGGCCAACGUCCAGGGUUUGUCCGUCCUUAGGUCCUUCCGUUUGCUUCGCGUCUUCAAACUGGCAAAGUCUUGGCCUACGCUCAACAUGCUGAUCAAGAUCAUCGGUAACUCAGUGGGAGCGUUAGGAAACCUGACUCUGGUUCUGGCCAUCAUCGUCUUCAUUUUUGCUGUCGUGGGCAUGCAGCUCUUUGGAAAGAGCUACAAGGACUGCGUGUGCAAGAUCUCCGAAGACUGCGAGCUGCCACGGUGGCACAUGAAUGACUUCUUCCACUCGUUCCUCAUCGUCUUCCGCAUCCUGUGCGGUGAGUGGAUCGAGACCAUGUGGGACUGCAUGGAGGUGGCGGGUCCUUCCAUGUGUUUAAUCGUCUUCAUGAUGGUCAUGGUCAUUGGGAAUCUAGUGGUGUUGAACCUUUUCCUGGCCCUACUUCUCAGCUCCUUCAGUGGAGACAACCUCUCAGGAGGGGACGAGGAUGGAGAGAUGAACAAUCUCCAGAUUGCUAUCGGGAGAAUUACACGAGGCAUCGACUGGUUGAAAACGUUUAUCGUUCAAAGAGUCCAGCAGAUCCUCGGCAGAAAGUCCAAAGAGCCCGAUGAGGGUUCGGUGGACGAUGUUGACUCUAAAACAGAGGCAAUCGAAAUGAAUCAUCUGAACACAUGUCCCACUUUUAAAGUGGCAGACGGUAUAUUAGAUUGUCCAGUUGAAGGUCGACCCUCUGGUUUCAUUGUGGAUGGAGAGAUCUGUCUGAAUGUGCCGAUCGCUGAAGGAGAAUCAGAUUUUGAAAAUCUGAGUGAGGAUGAUGACGAUGAGGAGGAGGACGAAGAGGAUGCAAAUAACUCAGAGAUGACAUUUGAGAAAGAUACCCAACAAAUUAAAAAAAGCUCUGGGGAUGAAACCAGUGUCCUGGGACAUAUCAAACUGAUGGGUGCUUUCGAUGAUAACUCUUCGGUGUGCAGUACAGUAGUCCACCAAUCUCCAGAGCCUGAACCUGAAGAAAUAGUGGAAGAAGAACCUGAGCCUGUGGAGCCAGAGUCCUGCUUCACUGACAAGUGCGUGAUGAAAUGGCCAUGUUUGACUGUGGACACUUCUAGUGGCAAAGGAAAGCUAUGGUGGAAUCUUCGUAAGACUUGCUUCAUUAUAGUGGAGCAUGACUGGUUUGAAACCUUCAUAAUCUUCAUGAUCCUCCUCAGCAGUGGAGCUUUGGCUUUUGAAGACAUACACAUAGAAAGACGGCGGACCAUCAAAAUUCUUCUGGAGUAUGCUGACAAGGUUUUCACUUACAUCUUUGUCAUUGAGAUGUUCCUUAAAUGGGUCGCUUACGGCUUCAAGACGUACUUCACCAACGCUUGGUGCUGGUUAGACUUUUUCAUUGUGGAUGUUUCCCUGGUUAGUUUAGUGGCCAACUGGCUCGGAUACUCAGACCUUGGACCAAUCAAAUCCCUCAGAACCCUCAGAGCGCUUAGGCCUCUUCGAGCACUAUCAAGAUUUGAAGGCAUGAGGGUUGUGGUGAACGCGCUUGUUGGAGCGAUUCCCUCCAUCUUCAACGUGCUGCUGGUGUGUUUGAUUUUCUGGCUCAUCUUCAGCAUCAUGGGAGUUAAUCUGUUUGCUGGGAAGUUUUACCGUUGUGUCAACACCACCACAGGGGAGCUUUUCCCCAUGUCUGAGGUUAACAAUCACAGCGAAUGCACGGCCCUCAAGGAGGCCACACAGGACGCUCGCUGGAUCAACGUCAAAGUCAACUAUGACAACGUUGGACAGGGCUACCUGUCUCUGCUUCAAGUGGCAACCUUUAAAGGUUGGAUGGACAUCAUGUACGCUGCUGUGGACUCAAGAGAGGUUGAGGAACAGCCGUCUUAUGAGAUCAACCUUUACAUGUAUCUCUAUUUUGUCAUCUUCAUCAUCUUCGGUGCUUUCUUCACCUUAAACCUUUUCAUCGGUGUCAUUAUUGACAAUUUCAACCAACAAAAGAAAAAGUUUGGGGACAAAGACAUAUUUAUGACUGAAGAGCAAAAGAAAUACUACGAGGCCAUGAAGAAACUGGGUUCCAAGAAGCCGCAGAAGCCGAUUCCACGCCCAACAAACCCGAUCCAGGGCAUGGUGUUUGACUUCAUCAGCCAGCAGUUCUUUGACAUCUUCAUUAUGGUUCUCAUCUGCCUCAACAUGGUGACCAUGAUGGUGGAAACAGAUGACCAAAGUCCAGAGAAGGAGGAUUUUCUUUUUAAAGUAAAUGUGGCUUUCAUUGUCGUCUUCACCGGAGAGUGUGUGUUGAAGCUCUUUGCACUGCGACAGUACUUCUUCACCAACGGCUGGAACAUUUUUGAUUUCAUUGUCGUCAUCUUGUCAAUCGCUGGUACAAUGCUCUCAGAUUUAAUUGAGAAGUACUUUGUGUCACCGACUCUCUUCAGGGUGAUCAGGUUGGCCAGGAUUGGCAGGAUUCUGCGGAUUAUUAAAGGAGCAAAGGGUAUUCGGACGCUUCUCUUUGCUCUGAUGAUGUCCCUUCCUGCCCUGUUCAAUAUUGGUCUGUUGCUCUUCCUUCUCAUCUUCAUCUUCGCCAUCUUUGCCAUGUCAAAUUUCGCCUACGUCAAAAAGGAGGCUGGAAUUGACGACAUUUUUAACUUUGAGACAUUUGGCGGUAGCAUUAUCUGCUUAUUCCAGAUUACAACAUCAGCAGGCUGGGAUGGGCUUUUACUUCCGAUGCUCAACCGGGAGCCUCCGGACUGUGAUCCAGAGUGUGAAAAUCCAGGUACGGAUGUAAAAGGUAACUGUGGCAGCCCACUGAAAGGUAUGGUGUUCUUCUGCAGCUACAUCAUCAUUUCCUUCUUAGUUGUGGUCAACAUGUACAUCGCCAUCAUCUUGGAGAACUUCAAUGUCGCCCAGGAGGAGAGCGGCGACGCGCUCUGUGAGGAAGACUUUGAGAUGUUCAACGAGACGUGGGAGAGGUUUGAUCUAAACGGAACGAUGUUCAUCAAGUACAGCCAGCUCUCAGAUUUCUGUGAUGCCUUGCAGGAACCAUUGAAGGUUCCUAAGCCCAAUAUGCUUCACCUGAUCAAAAUGGACCUGCCCCUGGUGAUUGGGGACAGGAUCCACUACCUGGAUGUUCUGUUGGCCGUCACGCAGAUGGUGCUGGGAGACACAGUGGAGAUGGCGGCCAUGGCCAAGAGCGUUGAGAUUAAGUUCACCCAAAGCAACCCCACAAAAGACUCCUUUGCACCAAUUACCACAACUGUACGCCACAAAGAAGAGCAGAAGGCUGCUGUUGUCAUUCAGAGGGUUUACCGCAACCAUCUUCUGAAGCGCUGCGUACGCCAGGCUGCUUUUAUGCAUCGGUUAAAGAGGAUGGGUAGGAAGAACGAUGGUGGUGAUCCUCCUGAAAAAGAGGGUCUGCUUGCUCGAAGGUUGGGGGUGCUCUAUGGGAGUAAUACAGACCUCGCCGAGGAAAUGGAGCGAAGUGAUCUACAAACGCUAGCAACCCAAGAACACCUUAAUACAGAGACAACGUUACACUGUGAAGGGUCCCGUUGUGAUCAAGAGCCCCCUGAGCCAAACGUCAUCGUUGUCCCUGUUGAAAUUACAAACGAGGUCUUGUUACAUUCUGCCCCCAGUCGACAGCUCUUCACCUUACAAGAAAACCUGAAAGAGUCAGAUGUAUGA